AUGGGAAUACCACUUAACGACGAAACAACUCUAUACAACCUUCAUUUUGCAGAUGAUGAAGUAGUAGUGGCUCAAGAUAAGGAAGACCUACAAUUUAUGACAACAAGACUUUUAAGCGAGUAUGAAAAGUGGGGGUUGUCGGUAAAUAUGUCGAAGACUAAGUACUUAUGUAUAGGCCAAGCAGCAGAAACAUUACAUCUGGAUGGAAAUAUAGAGAUAGGGUCAUGCAAUAAAUAUACCUACCUUGGAACUCAGAUAGAUUAUACCGGGCGAACAGAGAGCGAGAUCGAGGAAAGAAUACUGAAAGGCAAAAAAGUCAGCGGGUGCCUAAACUCAGUAUUAUGGUCCAAACACAUCUCAUAUGAGAAAAAACACGCUAUUUAUAAUUCCAUCUUUAAAAGUAUAGUUUUAUAUGGAUGUGAAACAUGGCAUCUCACUAGUAGAAUGGAACAAAGACUAUUAGCACUCGAGAUAGACUUCUGGCGAAGAUCUGCGGGAAUAUCAAGAAUGGAAAGAAUAGCGAAUAUAGAGAUAAGAGAAAUUAUGCAUGUCCAGCAAGCCAUAAUAAAUGAAAUAGAGAAAAGACAGCUGGUAUGGUAUGGGCAUGUAGAAAGAAUGAGUGAGGACCGAAUACCGAAGAAAGUUCUGAAAUCCAUUUCAGAACUUUCUUCGGUAUUCGGUCCUCACUCAUCCAUCCAUCAGGUAUCAGCAGGUAUCCAUACCAUCAGAAAGGAGAAAAAAGGGAAGGCCGAAAGCAACAUGGAUCGGAGGAAUACAUAA